GCUGUACCCGGUGAAGGACAUCCGAACUCAGCCCAAGUCUCAACAGCACAUCUCGUCUCCAUAGCCGAGAGAACUGGAAAAAUAACAGUUUCGCGUUUCUGGCUACGGCGAUCGGGAGCGACUACUGGUACAUUAUUGCGGUGAACAGAACCAACCGGACCGAUACAGACGUUUCGGAUUCCCAUUCCGGACUGUGGCUAACUUAUGAAGGUCAGAAGGUGUAUUCUUACACAUUUAACUCCCCCAACUACUCUGAACCUGAGAUGCACAUGUUGAACAUGCACAGUGCGAUUGUGGUCCUAUUGCCUCUAAGCCUGGUCCUGCUGGUGUUCGGAGGCAUCUGUGGAUUGAUCAGUUCCCUGGCCCGGAGCCCCACACUCCUCACUGGCACCGCCUCCUAUCUCAUCCUCUGCAGUGUUCUGACCCUCUCUGGUGUCAGCCUGUACAUCAGUUACUCCCAACAGGCGCUGGCUGAGACUGAGAGGCUGGUGGGGGCUGAGCGUUUGGCCCAGGUGGUCAGCACCUCUUUCGGCUGGUCCCUCGCCCUGGCCUGGCUCUCCUUCUGCCUGGAGGUCAUCACUGGCCUGCUGCUGCUGCUAGCUGCACGCCUAGCCACCCUGCAGCACGGACCACAAGGCCACGGCUGGCCUCUCCAUGUUGUAACCUAACCCAAGAGGCAGAUGUCACAAGAACUGGAUAACCAACUGGCCCAGAACUGUACCUUGAAUUUUCUAAUUAUUUGUAUAUGUGCCUAUCUGGCACCACAAAUUAAGUUCCCUCUGGAAAAAUUGUUCUUUAAGUAUUUUUUUUUUUUCAUCCAAAAUGCCAUAUGUGGUUUAGUCUAUGGGCAAAACAGUUGAGAUUUAGUGCCAUCUUUUGGUGUGAUAAGUCACUACAUUUCAAUUGACAAAUGCCCCCAAAUACCAAAUUGUAUUAUUGUGGUCCUAUAGGAUGAGAAAUGAAAUGUACUAGAACUACGGGCCUCAACCACAAGUCACUCUGAAUGGCUGUUAGCGGUCAAGGGGUGUCAUUUUAGAACAUUGACAAGUGAAGGGUAAUAGGAAAGAAGUAUGUAUCAUGAGUGGAUGUACUCAAAGCAAAAGCCAUAGUAGAAAUACUCAGAGCAGACUCAGGGUGCAUCUCAAGUGAAUCCUUACCACUGCUACACCUGGCUAUCAGCGGAGCCUUGUCUGGCAGCAAAACAGUUAAUUCAGCCUCAUUUACUGCCUGUUUUAAAAAACAUAGCUGAUAUGGCUGACUUGCCUCAACAAAUGUGAUUUCUACUGUCAAUUGAGAUGUACAAACUAUGGCAUUAAAAAGUGAUGAGUGGAUAAGAGGCCAUCUGUAAUUUUGAUUAAGAAAUUAGGAGACUAAAUUACUUGGCGUUACCUUAGAUUGUAAGCUGUCAUGGUCAAAACAUAUAGAUUCAAUGGUUGUAAAGAUGGGGAGAGGUCUGUCUGUAAUAAAGAGAUGCUCUGCUUUUUUGACACCACACUCCAAAAAGCAAGUUCUGCAGGCUCUAGUUUAGUCUAAUCUUGAUUAUUGUCCAGUCGUGUGGUCCAGUGCUGCAAGGAAAGACCUCCUCUUCCUUGUAAUCAGAGGCCUGAUAUAAAUACUAUGCAUGUCAGUCUCUCUUAGCUAAGAGUUGAGGAGAGACUGACUGCAUCACUUCUUUUAAUAAGAAACAUUAAUGUGUUGAAAAUCCCCAAUUGUUUGCAUAGUCAACAUACACACAGCUCUGACACACACUUACCCCACCAGACAUGCCACCAGGGGUCU